CCAGCCGCGCUCGCCGGUCUACUCGCUAUGCUGCGUCACUUCCGGCGUGUGCGUCCAGCGUCCGUCCGCCGCGGGAUGGCGGCUCUGAGAAGUUGGAUGUCCCGGAGCGUAGCCUCCCUGUUCAGGUAUGGACAGCGUGUCCCCGUUGCGAGUAACUCUAAGAAACGCUGUUUCUCAGCAUUGAUAAGACCAUGGCACAAAACGAUGUUGGCCGGAUUCGGCAUGACCCUGUGUGCAGUUCCUAUUGCUCAGAAAUCGGAGCCUCAAUCUCUUAGUAAUGAAGCAUUAAUGAGAAGGGCUGUGUCUCUGGUGACAGAUAGCACCUCCACCUUUCUGUCUCAAACCACGUAUGCUCUUAUUGAAGCAAUCACGGAGUAUACAAAGGCUGUUUAUACGUUAGUGUCUCUGUAUCGACAAUAUACAAGUUUACUUGGGAAAAUGAACUCACAGGAGGAAGAUGAAGUGUGGCAGGUGAUUAUAGGGGCCAGAGUUGAGAUGACGUCAAAGCAGCAGGAAUACAUGAAGCUCGAAACCACUUGGAUGACUGCAGUUAGCCUGUCCGAGAUGGCUGCAGAGGCUGCCUAUCAGACUGGAGCCGAUCAGGCCUCUAUAACCGCCAGGAAUCACAUCCAGUUGGUGAAGUCGCAGGUGCAGGAGGUGCGCCAGCUCUCUCAGAAAGCCGAAACCAAGCUGGCUGAAACACAGACACAAGAGUUGCACCAGAAAACCCAGGAAGCAGGUGACGAGAGGACUGACCAGGAAGAGGAUGCCUACCUGCGUGAAGAUUGAGGGCUUGAGCCCACUGCGCUGUCCACCCAGUCAGUGGGGAAAGCCGGUGAUGGCAUCCACCUAGUGUCACCCCAACUCUGCGGAGACAGCAGGUUCUGCCCUUGCCAGUCAGACCAGAAGCCUUUUGUGAGCUGUGCCUGUCUCUGGUCUCAGUCUGGUUCUUAGCCCUUGAGCGUGCUUCAUUCAACACUGUCCCACUCGGCUCCUUUCUUGCCUAUCUUUUUACCUCACCCCCAAAGCAUUUCACCAACCUGGGCCAGAGGCCGAGGGGCCUUUUCUGCCACACCCUUAAGUUCAAUAGCUGUUUAGCUACAGUUUUUAAUAUUACUCAGAUUUUCAAGUAUAAUUUAAUGUUUGUAAGAUUUGUGUUUAUAAUGUCCUUUGUCCCUGUGAGCACAGCUCAGACCAGAGCAUGACAGUGUUCAUUCACCUGGUGCUCCCCACAGGGCCUUCUCCAACUCAUGCUUCUUGUUCCUCCCUUCGAGUUUCUCUGCUGUGUCCAAAGGAAGAGAAGUUUGGUGUUUGCAUUAAAAAAAAAAAAAAAGUC